UUUAUUGGCAGUAAAAGUUUGCUCAAGGUUAACAGAAGGACCAACGGUUGUACCGUUAAACUACCAUCCUGCGCUGUUAACAUCAAGAGUCCCGGACACGAAAACAGUAUUUUUGGGGGAGAAAAGAGGACAUUUUUCUCAUAAGGUGUCAAAGAAGAAACACAUUUUUGAGAAGAUGGUGAAAAAUAAAAACAUUGGCGGGCGUCCCAAUCGAUCCUCCACAUGCAAGACAAAAACAGCUGCCUCCAAGACUGCCAACAACAAGGACCUGACAUCUCUGGAUAAGCCAGCCGAAGGUGACGUUCCCUCUGUUGCUCCAGCGCUCCAGACCAGCAGCCAAGAUCAGCUAGGCUUUCCAGACAGAGUCUACCUGCUGGCAUCAGUCAUCUUCCAGAAUAACCACCUGGAGAAACCUGUGGCCCACCGGUUGGUGAAUUAUGGCAAAGAAAGAGGGCUCUCAUUGCCUGAAGUCAAAGAUGAGGAGAUGCAACGUACAGCUUAUGAACUGGCCUUCAAUACGCUUAAAUAUCAAGAGCUGCUGGAGGACAUUAUGAUUGACAGCUGCUUUUACCUCACUCAGCCAAUGCCAGAUGAUCAGAUGAGCCUUGUCGCGGUCAUGCUCUAUGACUUCCAGGACAGAAAGUUCCUCCCAUGGGAACGCCAGGGGGUGGACGAGAUCGUGCAGGAAGUUAGAGAUGUGGAAAACUACCUUCUGAGGUUCAAAACCAAGCUGGCGGCCUCUCUGGCCCGCUGCAGGAUCAAACAUGAUCUCUUGUCCAUUGAGUGUAUCUUGCCGGAGAGUGUGAAGACGAAGCAGGAGAGAUCAAGCAGCCUUCCACUUUACGCAUGGGUCAACACACAAAGGAGCAGUCUUGAUGAGGUCCUAAGUGUGCUGAAGAGUGUGGGCUUCUCACAAGUGAAAUCGAUUGGGCAGCUGGAGGGCCAGACCUUCUGCCAGGAUUCCCACUGUGGGGAUGUAGUGGUGUUCCCCGCUCAGCUGAAAGCUCAGCUCUACACCACCAAGCUGCUUAGCGACCACAAACUCAUCAUCCAGGAUAAAUCUUGCUGCCUGGGCCCAAACGCAGUGUGCGCCCUGCUACCAGAGGGAGGAGAUGUUCUUAUGGCAGGCUGCUUCUCUGGCCUCACUGUCUCCCACACUGCCUCCCUAAUCGCAGAGAAACAUAAAGCCAACAGCGGCAAUCACCAGCACACUGUCUACGUUUGUGUCAGUGAUCACACAAACACACAGAGGGAAGAACUGCAGCAGGCUGUCACUGCCAUGGGCUGCAAGAAUGUGAAGCUGAUACCAGAGGUCUUCCAGUCUUUGGAUGGCGCCGAUAAGCGACUUCAGAGGGUGCGUGUUAUCCUGUUGACCCCCAAGUGUUCUGUGUCUGCAGUCAGCAACCUGGUCGAAUUUAUACUGCAAGAGAAUGGAGACACAGAACUGCUGCAAGACUUAUCCCAGGGCUCCAUAGCCCAGAGCAAACUGGAAGCUCUAGUAGCCCAGCAGAGGAAGGAUAUUGAUCACGCCUUGAAGUUCCCUAAGGUUUUGGCAGUGGUGUAUUCUACCUGUUCAUCAUACCAAGAGGAAAAUGAGGAGGUGGUGAGCAGGGCCCUGGAGCAAGCCAACGCCUGCUCAGAGCAGGAGGGGGAACCGAAACAAGCAAACUUCAGGCUUAGUCCAUUCCCGUUCAGCAUUCCUGACCAUGCUGAGGGUCCAGAGGAAACAGACCCCUUCUUCAUGUUGGAGCCUUCAGAACAGAACAAUGGCUGCUUUCUGGCUGUUCUCAGCAGAGAGCCCAAGCCAGUGGAGGCACCACAUGAAGUGAUUAUCAGGGCAAAUGCAAAAGGAAUACUGGACAAGAUCGGCUCCAACCAACCAACCAGGAAAGAGCAGCAUGGACCCACCAACAGGGCGACAAAAACGACCCAUGCUCGUGCCUCUCAGCCCCACCUCUCUGUCAGUAUUCAGGCAAAAAACCAAGAGACCAAGGCCAGCAACAGCACUACUUUGUGUGGACAUCAGGAAUUUACUAACAGACGGCAGAUGUCACAAGGAAAAGCCAAAGCUCUACGCCUGCAGGCCACAAAGAACACUGCGUCCAGCUCCUUUUCUUCCCCCAAACCAGAAAACAGCACACCCAAGAAAAGCACCACCCCUGUGUCCAACACCACAAUUUCCACCACCACUCUACAUCCCGCUCCUCCUCCUGCCACCCCGCUAACCCCGGUUGUCCGUCCCCGCAGAGCUCAUCAGGAGGUGCUGAAGCCUGUGGUGCUCGUCCUGCCUCCCGUUCACUUCCCUAACUUCUUCCCGCCUCAGCACAGUCGAACAGGUUUCAGUGCCAGCUUCAACAACAGACAGUGGAAGCCCUCAGCUCAGACCCGACCCCUGCCCCGCUCCAGUGGUGGUCUUUCCAAGGAUGGUCAGAUCAUUCCCUCUGUUUUGAGCACAUAAACACCAAUAUAAAUGCAAAAAAGUGUUGGCAAAAAAUAUUUUGUUGUUUUCUGCCAAAUGUUUACUUAAAUCAAGCCAGUGGUAUCUAAAUCUAACACCAGAAUAUAUAGUGUUAUUGUUCUGCCACAUUACAGUAAGCAUAAAAAAAGUCACCAUAAAUGCUUCUAUAGCCAUUAUUACUUGACAUUUUUACAACUAGUGCAGUGCUUGACCUGUGAUAUUGCUGCUUUUAGCUUUCUCAAAACUGCUCAUGCAAAAAACUUAAUACUUGACACUGUGCUUCCUUAAAUCCUGAGCAAUACACCUGGCCCCACACAGCUAGAGAUUUAUUUUGAUGUUUAGACAAGAGAAGUAUUAAAUUAUGUUGCUAUUCUAACUCAGUGUGCCCUGAAAUGAUGUAAAUAAGUUGGCAAAACAUGCAACUCAACAGUAUACUACUUACUUACUGUGUACUUUAUUUACAUUUACAUGUUAAACAUAAUAGUAGCCCUACACUUCACUGAUUAAAGUAUUCAGUAUUGUAUAAAACCUGCUCAUAAUGCCUGUUGACUUCAGUUUAAGUAGAUAUUUGAAUUCAAUUUAGUUACUUACACAACCACCAGAGUUAUAAAGUAGAGCAUGGAUUUAAAUGGCAGGAAUUUUUUGCUUGUGGUAAUAUUUAAGUGUUUUAAGUUAGUGAGGCAUAUUUACGCAAUGGACAUAAGUGAAGAGAUGCUGUAAUCCAUCCGCACCGCCGCAGUCACAAACGAGUGUGUAUUUUAAGAGCUGAUAUUUUAAUAGGGAGUAAAGCACAGACAUGCACAUGCACACAGACAUUUUGUGGCUAAAUUCAGACCUCUGUUUUGUGUUUCACUGGUCUUAACAGGUGCA